CAUGCCCUAGUGUUUGUUUUAUUAUUUCAAAAUCUCGCUCUGUGUAGAUUGAUAUCAUGUUAUAUAUAAAUCGAAAGACAUUAUUGUAGUCUAAACUAUUAAAUAAAUGUGCUAGCACUCUUUGGACGUGAAUUUAAACUUCGAGGUUGCCAGAUUGUAUUUUAGUAUCGAACAAUCUAAAUUCUUCAGUUUUGGAUUUUUUCUCAGGAUUAUAAUCUAACGUAUAGUUUGUGAAGACGGGUAUUGUGACAAACAUCAAUCUUUAUCAUGUUUUCAUCGAUAAUACACCUGGUUUUUCCUUUAGUUGUUGGAUUUGAGUUUUUGGUCGCCAUGCUUCCAGAUUUUCUAACUAAGGAAGACAUGCAAGUCGCUGAUGUCAUGGUCCAGGUCUCUGCAGAUAAUGACAGAAUGUCGAGGCAUUCUGCUUUACCUAGGCAUAUGCUUGUCAGCUUGAACAUAAGAAGUGAUGAGAUUAUAUUUGACUUGACUGAAAACAAAGAAAUCAAUUCGAAUGUACCAAUUUAUGUAACAGAUGAUCACGGUAAUAUAAGAGUCCAACAAAUUGCAUCAUCAGGGAAUGUGAAAUGUUAUCAAGAUCAGAAACAUGAGGCUUCUUUCAUGAUAGAAUCAAACUCAUCUUCGUCCUGCAUGGUUGCCAUAUUUGUACACAAAGGAGAAGAGUAUGUAAUGAGACCAGAUCACUGUUUGCUUGAUGUUGGAGGAGAAAUGAAAUUCAAAUUAGCUAAAGUAAAAAAGAACCAUACAUUGGAUAAUCACUCACUGAAAUCCGAUAUUGAUCGACAUUGGUUUUCCACCGAAAAAAUUGGGACGAAACUUCGACACAAACGAGAGAGUACAGACUACAAGAUAGAAAUGUUUUUCAUAAUAGACUACUCCAUUUAUAACUAUUGGUUUACACAGAGCCAAGCAUCAACAGCAAACGAUAAAGAUACAGAGGCCAAAAACAGCAUACGACAAUUUUAUUCCUUUGUUGUUAAUGGAAUGGAUGUUCGUUAUAAAACAAUACAAUCAUCAUACACAAUUUCUAUUUUGUAUGCUGGGAUAUACAUUGCCGAUACACAAUCUAAAGCACAAUUCGUUGAAAACAAUAAAGUUACAUCGUCAUCUGGAACUACAGUUGACUCUUCCGUUGCUCUUGAUGCUGUCACAGCUUGGAUCAAGAAUUCUACAGGGAUUCCGCAACACGAUCAUGCUAUGCUUUUUACAAGGUAUGACUUGACAAGUGAUGGAUCUUCUAGCAAUGCAGGACUCGCAUACCUAUCAGCCAUGUGUUCGGACGAGUCAGUGUCCGUGGCGGAAGACCAUUUUAAUUUUGAUUUGAUUACCACGGCUGCACACGAAUUGGGACACGGGUUAGGUGCUGAACAUGAUGGGACUGGCAAUUCCUGCAAUAGAGCUGACUCUUACAUAAUGGCUGCAGUCAGUGGAUCAGUCCAAAAUCAAAAUCCAUGGAAAUUUUCCACGUGUUCUGUCAACUAUUUUACUACAAAUAUUAACAAACUUAACCAGGAAAACAAAAAUUGUAUGACUGUACUAAGUCCCAGUUAUGACCCCGAGGCAUUGAAACAGUAUACGUCACUUCCAGGUGAAAUAUAUGAUGCCCAUUCUCACUGUGGUCACAUUGUUGGACCAGGGUCUUCAUUUUGUAAGAGUUUAUACGAUGGUAAUUUCUCGACAAUCUGCACAAAACUGUGGUGCAAGAAAACUGAUGGAAGUGGUCUGUGUAGCAGUGCUGUUCCUGGGGAUGGCCUUCAUUGUGGAAAUAAAAAGUGGUGCGUGUCUGGUGAAUGUAUCUUCGAUGAGUGUGCGCCUUCUGGAGAUGAGGCGUGUUUAUAUGGGGAUCGCGAAGGUGUAGUCAUAACAUAUGGUGGUAAAAAAUUCACCUGUUCCUUUGAGGACAUACAUGAUGACCCAUCUGUUUGCUAUCACGUGAAAGACGAUUGUUGUCGGCAAUGCAGCCAUUUCUACACUGGAAUAACAGGAUGUGAAUACGGUGACAAAACAACAGGAUGUACAACACAACAUUGUCCUGCAGAUCCUUCUCUUUGCUGUGGUACGUGUUAUAGUGAUACUGCAAUCACUACGCCUUCACAGGAACCAACAACAACUAAGUAUGUGAGCCCUUGCAAAACAACAGUAACAACUCUGGAUGCAAAUACAACCUCAACAACACCGCCAUCUUCUGUUUCAACAACAACACAAAUACCAGCCACAUCAACGCAACAAACAAUGUCGCAAACCUCUAUCACAUCGACAACACAACAAACAACGACGUCAUCGCCGUCUUCUACUCCGAAAAUAUUACAAACAACGGCCCCAACACAAGCGCCGUCUCUUGUGUUCAGAUUGGAUAUUACCUUGAUGAUUGAUAUAUCUGAGGAUUUGUCAAUUGCUGCUGUUAAGGAAAAUGUUACAUAUAAAGUGCAGACUGCGCUUACCUUAUUCUAUCAAAUAAAUGGGUUGAAAUUCACAAGCUGUAGUGUCCAAAAUAUUAGGAAAGGCAGUUUGAAAGUUGAAUAUGAAGUUCAAACACCAGUAGAUUCCCAAGUGGUAACCAACAUGACAUCUCUUUCUAAAGAUAUGGCAACAGGGGCAUCUAAAGUGACGUAUGAAGGACAAGUAGUGACUGUUUCUUCCGUGACUCUUGUGGACACAUCCGGGAAUUCUCUAACUAUUGGAAACAGUACAACAAUCUGUGAAAUACAUCAGCUUGUAAGUGCCUGUCCCUCUGGUCAGUUGUGUGAGGAAUCAAACAAUGGGCCGGUUUGCAGAGACACUGAAGAGGAAAGUAUUUUUGAAAAAUACCAGAUUUACUUCAUCUGUGUUGGUGCAGGUCUAGGUUUACUGGUUCUUAUCUUAAUUGUUUGCUGUUGUCUUAAGAAUGGGAAGUCGAAACUGAAGCGUGCAAAUAAAAACUCUGUGCAUGGUGUGACAAAUCGUGCUAUGGAUGACUUAUACAGUCAAAGGAAAAACAAUCUUCACAGGCCGGAUAGAUAUUAAAAGAAGAAUCGAGAAUUAUAAGAGAAUAAUAAUUCAGCUAUUAUCUAAUUGUAUAUCAAUUUGUGUUACAUUCUGUAAUUGAGUGCAAUCAAACUUUUUAUUAAUAUGUUAUGUAACGUUAAUAAAAUCUAUAAUUAUUGAAAUU